GUGGAGAGUAUAAGAAGGGAUAAGGCUGCAACUGAGAAGUUGCUUCAAGAAACAAUUGAGAAACACCAAUCAGAACUCACAAUUCAAAAAGAAUACUACACAAAUGCUUUGAAUGCAGCGAGGGAAGCUGAAUCAUUAGCUGAAGCACGGGCUAAUAAUGAAGCUAGAACCGAACUUGAGGGUCGUCUAAGAGAGGUCGAGGAGCGUGAAUCUAUGCUAGUUCAGGCACUUGAAGAAUUACGGCAAACACUGAGCAGAAAGGAGCAGCAGGCAGCUUUUAGGGAAGAUAUGCUGCACAAAGACAUUGAAGAUCUUCAGAAAAGAUAUCAAGCGAGUGAGCGUAGGUGUGAGGAGUUGAUAACACAAGUUCCUGAAUCUACCAGACCUCUUCUCAGGCAGAUUGAAGCCAUGCAGGAGACAAAUGCCAGAAAGGCUGAAGCUUGGGCUGCUGUUGAGAAAUCUUUAAGUUUAAGGCUUCAGGAGGCUGAGGCAAAAGCUGCAGGUGCAGAGGAGAAGGAGAGAUCCAUUAAUGAGCGACUAUCACAAACAUUAUCUCGGAUCAAUGUGCUCGAAGCUCAGAUAUCCUGUCUCAGAGCUGAGCAAACACAAUUAACAAGAUCUUUAGAGAAGGAGAGACAGAGAGCAGCAGAACACCGGCAGGAAUAUCUUGCUUUGAAGGAGGAAGCUGAUACUAAUGAAGGUCGUGUAAAGCAGUUUGAAGACGAAAUCAGGGAACUCAGACGGAAACACAAGCAGGAACUGCAAGAUGCAUUGAUGCAACAGGAACUCCUGCAGCAGGAUUUAGAAAGGGAGAAAGCAGCUCGUUUAGAUCAAGAGAGGGCAGCUCGUGCUCAACAAUCUGUUGUGCCAGAUCAAAGUCCAAUAGCUGGGCAAAAGUCUGGAUUUGAAAAUGGAAAUCUGGCACGUAAAAUUUCAAGUGCUAGCAGUUUGAGCAGUAUGGAGGAAAGCUAUUUUCUGCAGGCAUCUUUAGACUUUUCGGAGACCUCGUCUGAACGUAGAAAUGCUGGAGAGGUUACUAUGAGUCCAUACUAUGUGAAAAGCAUGACUCCAAAUGUUUAUGAAGCUUCACUUCGUCAGAAGGAAGGAGAGCUUGCAUCAUACAUGACAAGAUUAGCAUCUAUGGAAGCCAUUCGUGACUCUCUUGCAGAAGAGUUGGUGAAAAUGACAGCAGAGUGUGAGAAGCUUAGAGGAGAAGCUGCAAUGCUUCCUGGCAUACGGGCAGAGUUAGAAGCUCUAAGGCGGAGGCAUUCAGCAGCACUUGAGUUAAUGGGUGAGCGGGAUGAAGAAUUGGAAGAACUUCGUGCGGAUAUAGUAGACCUGAAAGAGAUGUACCGAGAACAAGUAAAUUUGCUAGUGAACAAGAUCCAGGUGCUAAGCUCGUCUUUGGGUUCUGCUUGAAGCAACGGCUCCACAUCUGACCUCGUUUUGUCUGUUGUAUAUCCAUGGGAUUAAAUGACAACACUCACUUUUCCUGAUUCUGUAUGAAUAUUUCAUCGAGUACGGGGAGUAAAUCCAUCUCUUCUGAAACGCUUCUACUGUAAGAGUGUGUGAUAUGUUCCUUAUUGCAUUUGUAUAGAAUCUUUUCUAUUUGGACUUUUGUCUCUUUUCCCCUUCCCCCCUUUUCAGUGUGUUGUACUUUUUGGCAUUUGAUUAAUGGAUUUCGUGUAGCUGUUAAUAAUAGAAAUAAGGUAAAUUC